AUGGACGUAUCCCUCUGCCAUUUCUCGCUGGUCGAAUUCAGGGUCAAUGGCUGGUACGGCUUCGAAGAAAAGUACCACGCCCGCAAGCUCUUUUUACAGGAAAACGACCGCAAGCUCUUCACUGACCGCGAGCUCUUCUUCUUCCUGACUUCGCCCGAGCCAUGGCCAUGCCCUGUGCUUUGGAGCGGGCCACCGUCGAAGUACAAGUCCUACAGCAUGGUCCGUGAUGCAUUGCCCACAAGCCAGCAAAAGAAAACGAUGGCAAAGCUACUGGAAGCACACGGCACUGCGGUUGAUCUCCGGACUUACCUCUCUGAUACAAAACUCGCAGCGGCUUUCUCUCCCAACCUCGCCUCAUCACCUCCCGGGCUUGUCCUUGAUUCUACUGGCGCCAAAGGUAUAGAUUCCUCAUCCGCCGCCGCCUAUCGGGUGAUCUCGUCUCUCCGUACCCAGGACGCGGUCGACGCCCUGUGCAGGAAGCACGGCCUGCCGACGGCCUACACCGCGCGCCCCGCUGGCGACGGGGCUGCCUUCACUCCGCCUCCUGAGCGGGCCGUGUCCCUGUACGCGCACGCGCUGGAGGCCGGGGUGCGCUUCCCACUGCACAGCUUCUUCUCCCAGGCGCUCACCCACUUUCGCCUCGCGCCGGGCCAGCUCACGCCUAGCGGGUGGCGCGUCCUUGUGGGAUUCGUGGUGCUCUGCCACGACGCCGGCGUGCAGCCAUCGAGGGACGUAUUCUGCUACUUUUUCUCGCUGUGCCCAUACACGUCCGGUCGGUACGGCUUCCGGGCAAAGCACGACGGCUGUGCGCUCUUCAAAGGGUGGUAUUUUUCGGGAUCCGAAGAGACGUGGAAGGACAGGUUCUUCUUCCUGACAUCGCCGGAGCCAUGGUCGUGUCCCGUGUUUUGGGGCGAGCGGCCGUCGAAGUACAAGCGCUCCUGGAUAGCCCGUGAUGAAGCUCCAGCGCUCACAACCCAGCAAAAGAAAACGGUGGCAAAGCUACUGGACGCACACGGCACAGCGGUUGAUCUCCAGACUUGCAGCGGUUUUCUCUUCCAACGUCGCCUCACCACCGCCCGGCGCCAAAGGUAAACUCGCUUCUCACACUCGCG